AUGCUGCGAUUUAAGCGUUUCGCAUCACAGUACAAUCAGGCGAAACUCCUGCGAAAGUAUCCAGUGGGUACCAUCUUACAUGGCUACGAGAUCAAACGGGUCCUGCCCGUUCCCGAGAUGAAGUUUAUCGCAGUAGACUUGCAACACUCACAGACUGGUUCCCAGCAUUUGCACAUCGAUAGAGACGAUAAAAAUAAUGUUUUCAGCGUAGCUUUCAAAACCAAUCCGCCAGAUUCCACUGGCGUUGCCCACAUCCUGGAGCACACCACUUUAUGCGGUUCCCACAAAUAUCCAGUCAGGGAUCCGUUUUUCAAAAUGCUCAACCGAUCACUAUCGACUUUCAUGAAUGCUAUGACUGGCCAUGACUACACGUUUUAUCCAUUCUCCACGGCUAACCAAGCAGACUUUAAAAAUCUCAGAGACGUGUACCUUGACGCCACUUUUAAUCCGUUAUUGAAGCACCAAGAUUUUCUCCAGGAGGGGUGGAGACUAGAACACUCGGAUUUGAAGGACCCUAACAGUGACAUCAUUUACAAAGGAGUUGUCUACAACGAAAUGAAGGGUCAAAUGUCCAGCUCAAACUAUCAAUUUUGGACCAAAUUUCAACAAAGCAUAUAUCCUUCCCUCAACAACUCCGGAGGAGACCCACAAAAGAUCACCAACCUGCAAUACCACGAUUUGAUUUCAUUUCAUGCGAAGCAUUACCACCCUUCUAAUGCCAAAACUUUCACAUACGGUAAUUUCCCGCUCGAUGACACUUUGCAUCGACUAAAUGAGGAAUUCAGUCUGCAUGGUAGAAGAAAUCUGAAAAAGGAAAUCCCAAAACCUUUGGAUUUUGCCACGGAAACGCGAGUGACCGAAAUUGGUGAAGUCGAUCCCAUGCUACCGCCUGACAAACAGCUGAAAACAUCCAUGACCUGGCUAUGCGGUGAUCCCUCGAAUGUUUACGACACAUUUGUGCUGCGUGUGAUCGGUAAUUUACUAAUGGAUGGCCACUCCUCUCCGAUGUACCAGGAAUUGAUCGAAUCCGGUAUCGGUUACGAUUUCGCCGUGAACUCCGGCGUAGAUUCGACCACCGCUGCCAACUUUUUCACAGUCGGUGUCCAAGGAUGUAGCGAUGCUUCUCGCUUUGAAAAAACUGUCCACUCUGUUCUGGAAAACACCUUGAAAAAGCCUUUCGAGCCCAAGAAAGUGGAGGCAAUCAUAGAACAGUUGGAGCUUUCAAAGAAAAAUCAUAAAACUGAUUUUGGGCUACAACUGCUAUACUCCCUGGUUCCUGGGUGGAUUAACAAAACGGAUCCAUUUGACAAUUUGGUCUUUGAUGAUAUUUUGUCUCAGUUUAAGUCUGACUGGGCCGAACAGGGUGACGGUUUUUUCCGCGAUGUUAUUGAAAGAUACAUUAUUGACAAGCCCUGUUUUUAUUUCUCUAUGGAGGCGGAUCCCAAGUUUUCUCAGACUCUUGAGCUUGAAGAGGCUGGUCGUUUGAGUCAGAAAGUAAGCCAACUGGAUAGCGCUGACAAGGAAACGAUACUCAAGCGCGGUAUGCAACUUCAAGAGAGCCAAAACAGUCUUGAAGACCUUUCAUGUCUCCCCACGCUCAAAAUCAAAGAUAUUCCGCGCAAGGGAGACACUUACGGCAUUCAAAAACGGCCGCAAAUUUCUCAUCGCAUUACGGAUACAAAUGGGAUAACCUACUUGAGAGGGAAAAGAAGUCUCAAUAAUGCCAUACCCCUCCAUCUUUAUCCUUACCUGUCCCUUUUCGCUGACUGCCUUACAUCGUUAGGAACCUCAAGCGAGAGCUACAGCGAGAUAGAAGACGAAAUGAAGCUACAUACGGGUGGAGUUUCGACAAGCGUAUCGGUACACGCGAAUGCAGAAACACUCGAGCCGCAAGUCGACUUCAAUUUCGAAGGCUACUCCUUGAAUGCCAAGACGGAAUAUGUUUUAGAUAUUUGGCGGAAACUUAUCGUCGAGACCGAUAUUUCAAAGCAUAGUGAAAAGCUGAAAGUGCUCAUUCGUUCGUUGGCCUCAUCCAAUACAUCUUCGGUAGCAGAGAGUGGACAUUCAUACGCCCGAGGUUACACUGGCGCUCAUUUACUCUCUUCGCGUGCCAUAAAAGAGGCUAUGGGUGGUAUUGAGCAACUGAAACUGAUAACACGCCUUUCUGCUGUUUUGGAUGAUUCGGCUCUAUUUCAAGCGGAAGUUAUCGAUAAGUUGGUCGAACUAAAAAGCUAUGUGAUUGCCAAGGAUGAAAUGAAGUUUUUUGUGACCUGCGAUGGCGACAAACAGGUCACCACAGUGGAGUCUCAAAUACAAAUAUUUUUGAACAGUUUGCCUGACCAAUCUCAGGCGUGUUCUUUCUCAGCUGCAAAAUACCCCACAUUAACCGCAAGUGGUAAGCCCACAUUGGUCACUUUCCCCUUCCAGGUGCAUUACACUGCUCAUUCAAGGAUGGGCGUUCCUUAUGUUCAUGCAGAUGGUGCGAGUCUUCAAGUGCUCUCCAACCUACUCACAUUCAAAUAUUUGCACCGUGAAAUCAGAGAAAAGGGUGGUGCUUACGGAGGUGGCGCUGUUUACAGCGCUCUAGACGGACUGCUAUCUUUCUACUCUUACAGAGAUCCACACCCACUAAAUUCCUUGAAUGUGUUCAACAAUUGUGGGAAAUACGCAUUAGAAAAAGCUGACUGGCAUACCAGCAAUUUGGACGAGGCCAAAUUGACCAUAUUCCAGCAGGUUGAUGCUCCUAUCAGUCCUAGCAGUGAAGGAGUGACAGAGUUCAGCUACGGGAUCAGUGACGACAUGCGCCAAAAGAGAAGAGAGCAGCUACUUGACGUCACGUUGUCCGACGUUCGCAACGUUGCCGAGAAAUAUCUGUUAGACAGCAAAUCUGUAUCUGCUGCGAUUGGACCGAAACUGGCAGAGAUGAAAGAAGAGCUUUGGGAUGUUAAACAGCUGCAGUAA